AUGUCUCGUGCUGAAGAGGACGUUUGCUUCCCCUUGAGCGACGACGGCGCUGUGCACGGCCAUAUUGACUUUGAAGAAUUGACAGAGUGGGCGCGUGAGCAGGUCGAGCAAAAGGAAGACGGCGCAACGAACCUAGAGUGGCGUCAUCGAAAACUCAGCGAACCUAUGCUGGUCAAUGGAAAGUACCGCAACCGCGGUGGUUGGACGUCGUACGAUCGCAACGAUGAAGAUGCGCGGCCCUUCCGGUUCACGUUCUUUUCUGAUGAGUUGCAAUCGACUAUCCACUCUCCAACCUUGUACGAGUUACCACAAGAAGAUCAGUCCUUCCAAGAUUUGUUCACAACUGGCAACACCUGGUGGCUUGACGUCAACUCGCCAACAGACUCGGAGAUGAAGAUUUUGAGUUCUGCUUUUGGCAUUCAUCCGCUGACGUGUGAAGACGUGUCGAUGGAGGAGCAGCGUGAAAAGGUGGAGCUGUUUCGCAACUACUACCUUAUUUCGUUCCGGUCCUUCCAGCAAGAUCCCAAUUCGGAUGACUAUCUCGAGCCCGUCAACAUGUAUAUUGUCGUCUUUCGAGACGGCGUCCUCUCGUUUCACUUCACCCCGACACCACACCCUGCCAAUGUGCGUCGGCGAAUCCGCCAGCUGCGAGACUACAUCACAGUCUCGUCUGACUGGAUUUCAUAUGCGCUUAUUGACGAUAUCGUCGAUGCCUUUUCGCCACUCAUUCAUCGGAUCGACUAUGAGGUAGAUUUGAUUGAUGACAAUGUGCUUGGAAUUGAAGAGGAAACGCACGAAAAGUCGAAAGGUUCCGACAUCAGCGACUCUGAGCAAACCAACAUGUUGCGUCGCAUCGGUGCAUGCCGAAAGAAGGUGAUGGGCUUGUUGAGAUUGCUUGGUUCGAAAGCAGACGUCGUCAAGGGCUUUGCGAAACGGUGCAAUGAGCAAUGGGAUGUUGCGCCCAGGAGUGAAAUUGGCCUUUACCUGGGUGAUAUCCAGGACCACAUUGUAACGAUGGUCCAGAAUCUCAACCAUUACGAGAAGAUUCUCUCGCGCUCCCACUCCAACUACCUUGCUCAAAUCAAUAUCAACAUGACAAAGGUCAACAACGACACGAAUGAUGUCCUAUCGCGGCUGACGGUCGUUGGUACGAUGCUGCUUCCUUGUUCGCUAGUGACAGGUUUGUGGGGCAUGAACGUGCCGGUACCAGGGCAAGAGAGCGAGGGAACUACCUGGUUCUUUGGCAUUGUCGGAUGCAUGGCUCUUUUCUUUGUGCUCGUCUAUGUACUUGGUCGACGCAGCGGUGUAGUAUAG